CAAAAACAAAAGAGGGGUCGAAGGAAAAAGCGUAGUAACAAAGUGCGUUGCUAAAUUAAUUAAUAAAAUUCGCCGUGUGUGCGCAUUUUGGUGGCGAAAAAUAACAUGGAAAAUGUGCCCGUAAAAAUAGUUGAACGUUACAAACCACCGCCGCCCGUCUACCAAUUGCCACAGACCGUUGUCAACCGAUUGCAACAAUACAGUGAGAACUAUUAUGACGAACAUCCAGACUACCAAUAUGACUUCCAGCUGGAGCGCGAUGUGCUUAGCAAAGCGCAACGUUGGCGUCAGUUGCGGCACCAGCAGCAGGAGGAACGUCACCAGCGUCAGGAGCGACGCAACCUUGCGUUCCAGCGGGCUAUCGAGGCACAGCAAAAGGAAAUGUUGGGCGCCGUCGAGUAUCCGAGUGCAGCAGAUCUGUCAUCCGAUAGCGAAGAUGAAGAAACGUGUGGCGGUAAGGAAACCCAACUCAAAGAGGUGGCAGCAGCUACAGCAACAGCAACAACAACAGAAACGUCAAUUAGUGGCAGUGAGUCACAUGACGACAACAACAAACAAACGGCCGUGACCGUGGAACCAAAGUCAAUAAACCCAUAUAGUUUCCAUACAAUUCUGCAGCCCACUGUGCUAAGCGGCGCGACAACGCAAGCGACAACCACAACGCUGCAUAAACGCAACAGCUCGCUGAACUAUGCAGAUUUCGAAUACAACAUGAACUCCACGCCAUUCGAUAUAAUCGAGCUAAAAACCAUCAACGACUUGGAUGUGCUCGCCCAAGUGCUGCACAAUACGCAGCUGAAGGCGCAGACUGUGGAGGGGGAAACGGAGGAGGCGGUGCCAGCAACCAUAAUAACGCAGUCAGAUACCAAAGCCACUGACAAUUACUCAGCAGACAUUCCAGCCACCCAACCAGUGGAGACGCAACCUCAGGCUACGCCGAACUGUAACAAUUAUGCGCCACUCUAUUCCCAUGCAGCCACGCCCACAUCGAUGUCGUCGCCUUACACGCUGCCGCCUCUCCAGCAGCAUCUCCAAGCUUAUCAGAUGGGCUACAACCAGCAUUAUUAUUAUCAGCCCCAGCUUUAUAGCAAUCAAAAUUAUCUAAUGACUCAGCAACAGCCACAGCCACAGCCUUAUGUCAAUGGUUAUGGCACGCCCACGCAUCAGCCUCAGCCGCUUGCCUCCACACUCGUGUCGACCACAUUGGCCGCUUCCGAUGUGGAUGCUGCACUCAAGUCCAAAAGCGUCCCAGAUAUUUUACGUGAGCUGAAGACGGAACUGCAGCCGGAGAAGCGACGUGCGCGCAACAACAGCCACAAUUCGGAGCAGAUGCACAAUCCGGACAGUCUUCAGUCCCUGCCCCGCCUCAACGUCUUCAGUGAGCUGGCUGUGCCGGCCCAGAAACUCGCCCAAAGCAUCAGUGGUAUGGGAUUCCCGCUGGAGCGUGUGGCCAAGGUUGUGAGCAUUUGCGGAAUUGACGAUAAGAAGAUAAUCGAACAUUUGAUACCCUUAAGCGAGCUGGUGGAUCUCGGUUUUGAUGAAACAAAAAUCUCGGCUGCGCUUUUGAAAUUCAACAAUAAUAAGGAUAAGGCGCUAGACUAUUUAAUUAACUAGUUCAAUUUUUUGAUAUGGCAUGAAACAAUACACGCUCGUCAUUAUACACAUAGCUAUAAAGUUA